UGAACUUAAUCAUUGAUUAUCGGAAAUGUCAAUUUGUCAGCGAAUAUCAGAUAAAAAUACUCUUUAUAUUGUGGGAAAAAAUUGGCAUUUUUGAAUGGAAUGUUUUUAGUGAGUAGAGUCACACCCGAAGCUGUGCAUUUACUUCCAUAUACCGUUUUCGUUUCACCUUGUUUGGUGGUGUCAUGAAUCGAAAUAGACUAAGAGAAGGUUUCCUGGUAAAAAAGGGUUAUGUUCGUCACAAUUGGAAAACAAGAUGGUUUGUUUUAUUUGAUGAUGCCCUACGUUACUAUAAGAGGAAGGAGGACACCAUUUUUGCAGGCGAGGUUCAUCUUCGUGGGUGUUCUUUAGUUGCUCCAUGCCCUGACUACACCAAGAAAUCUUUCGUGUUUCGAUUGAUCAGUAGUAAUGGUCGAGAAUAUUUACUACAAGCUGCAAGUGAAGGAGAAUUACAACUUUGGUCUGCCAGCAUCGCUGCUGCUAUAAGGAAAGCCGAAUCUAAACAAAGGUCAGAAAGAAAACCAAAAAGCAGUGAAAACAUUAAUGAAAUUCAAGAAAGUUCCGAACUCAAAGUUAAACUGCCUUUACCUAGCUUCGCUGAAUUAAUAGAAGCAAUGCAAGACAGAGGUGCAGGGAUUGCUUUGGAGACACACGAGGUGCAGGAUAGCAAAGUUUACAGACAUUGCUUUAGUGGCACUCAAGUUGUUGAUUGGUUAAUAUCGUGGUCAUUCGUAGAAGGUCGUAUGGAAGGAGUGGAAGUUGGUAAUGGUUUAUUAGAACAAGGUCAUUUACAACCCGUUGGAUUAAGAAGUAGAAAUUCGUUCAAAGAACGCGUCACAGAUCGUAGAAGGACUGGGGAGAAGAAUGCUUUUUGUGAUGCUACAAACGCCUUGUAUAGAUUUUCCGCCUUACGUCUUGCUAACAGCGAGGUAUUUGAAACUGAAUCAGAUGAAUCCAGUGAUAGUGAAGAUUCUGAUAAAGAACAUCAGGCCAAAAGUAUUGAAGGUGUUACGGUAAAACAAGGUUUUCUUGUUAAAAAGGGCCACAUGCGUCAUAACUGGAAGACAAGAAAGUUUGUUCUGUGCGAGCAACCUGCUAAACUUUAUUACUGUAAACCAACAAAGCCGGAUUGUCCAUUAGGAUGCAUUAAAUUAACUGGGGCGAAGAUUGAGAGAAUCACAGAAGAAUCCGUUGACGGUGAGAAGAAAAGCAAACAUUUUUAUGGGUAUCGAUUUCGAAUACGAACGUGGAAAGAAACGCAAUAUGUCUUGCAAGCUGGCAGUAAGGAAGAGUUGGAGGAAUGGAUAUCGAUAUUGGAGAGCGUUUGUAACAUUUGAUAGUUUAAAAUGAAGGAAUUUUAUAAAAUAUAGGUAUACGUUCUCAGAAGAUCAUUUAGCGCAGUAUAUACUAGGGACGAUCAAUGCUUUCUUGAUCUACUGAUGUGUGGUAUAUGCACUUUAAGCCACCAAACAUUCUGGUGACCACGUAGUUAGAGGAAGAUAUAUAAUGUCCUGAAUGUAGCCUAUAGGAUUUAAACCCGCCAUAUUGAUAUAUGUACGCUUUGUUCAUUUAUACAUACCUUUCACGCCGAGUCCUAACGAUUGCCUCUCUUCCUAACCAAAAAGAGAAUGUAAAGCGACUGACAAUGUAAAACGACGCUAUAGGUAAUUUAAGAUUUAAAAAAUUAGGAGAUGCAUGCAACCAUUCAAAUUAAUAUAUAUAAUUAUUUUUUAUUUUAUUCAUUACUGUAAAUAUUGUGUUUAAUUGGAAAAUAUGUACAAAGUAUUGUAUGUACACAGAUAAUAAUUCUAUAUGAAUACGACUGGGGAAAUUUGUUGAAUAGCUAAUUUCGUAUCAUUUGUAUAACAUUAAUUCUUAUACUUCAAUCGGAAAAUUUAUUUCAAAUCACGGUGUUAAAAUAUUUAUAUUUUUACUAUAGCAGUAGGGGAGGAUAAAUUAUUACGGCCACGAACAAUAGGGGCGUAGCAUCUUUAUUUGCACCUCUCAUCCUCCCUGCUAAAUAAUGAUCAGUUCUUUAGGAGAACAAAUUGAUUUUUUUAUAGUUAUUUGUAGCUGGCGAAUGUGUUCAGGUCACGCGUACUCUUGCUACAUAUUUUCUUAUAGAAAAGGAGGCACUGAAAAAGGAACUUGUAAGGGCGAGAUGUUACUAUUGGUAUAACUAUUCCCGAAUGGUUUCAUCUAGCUAAAUCGCCAUGCAUGAUAGGAUAGAAGCGAUAGGAUAGAAGCAUGCAGUGCUUGAUAUUGGUCAGAAAUAUAUGCAAAUGUUUCGGCAAAGAUUGAUGGUAUUAGGCAAACAGGCCUCGUAUCUCCGCUUUCCGAACUCGUAGAUACAUAUACAAUGUAAAAAUAUAUAUAUUUACCACUAUU